GCGGGAAUUUGAACUCAACGCUUCCGGGGGGUGCUAGUCUGCUAUUGGGUGGUGCGGAACGUCAUUUCCGGCUGGGUCGCGGCGGUCGGUGAAGGUCGAGACCAUGGCUGGUCGCCGAGUGGCGUUGAAAGCGAUCGACUGGAUGGCAUUCGCGGAGCGUGUGCCGCUCGACCAGCGCGUCAUGUUUAACACCCUCAAGACCACCAGCGACGCCAUUUCGUCCAGGUUGACCUCCCUACCAGAGAAGCCCCCAGCCAUUGAUUGGGCAUAUUACAAGAAGACAAUUGCCCUACCUGGCUUGGUGGAUGAAUUUGAGAAAAAGUUCAGUGCACUAAAGAUUCCUGUGCCAGUGGACAGUGAGACGGCCAAGGUUGAUGCCCAGGAAAAGGCAACGGAAAAAGAUGCCAUGGCAUAUGUGGAGGCCUCCAAAGCUCGUGUGGUGGAGUACGAGAAAGAGCUGGCGAGGUUUCGAAACAUGAUCCCGUUUGAGCUGAUGUCUUACGACGAUUUGCACGAAGCUUUCCCUGAAACCAAACUGGACAAGGAGAAGUAUCCCUACUGGCCACACAAGCCCAUUGCAGAUCUAUAAACCGCACUUCCAAGUGGGUUAUCCACCAUUAAUAUCCAACUCUAGAGCCUGUUAAAUAAAGUAACUGCAAAGAACUUCA